UGACUGCUCCUCUUGACGUGGAAUAUUUCCGUGUAGACGAUGGAGCAGUAGCAACGUGUAGCUCUCUGCUAUUAACCUCAAAUCGAGCUGGGAUUAGGCGCCGAAUCCCCCUCAGAUUUCGGGUUGGCAGCAGUCGCCGGACAACAACACGCCGAUUGCUUUCUCCUCCCCGGCUUCCCUGCUAUCCGCUACAAUCAUGAUAAAAGCCAUUUUAAUAUUCAACAACCACGGAAAACCGAGGCUUUCUAAAUUCUACGAGCAUUAUAAUGAAGACACAGAGCAGCAGAUCAUCAGGGAAACCUUCCACUUGGUCUCCAAAAGAGAUGAGAAUGUUUGUAAUUUCCUCGAAGGUGGAAUGUUAAUCGGAGGAUCAGACUACAAACUAAUCUAUAGACACUACGCCACGUUAUACUUUGUCUUCUGCGUGGAUUCCUCAGAGAGUGAACUUGGAAUUUUAGACUUAAUCCAGGUUUUUGUGGAAACUCUGGACAAAUGUUUUGAGAACGUCUGUGAGCUGGACUUGAUUUUCCAUGUAGAUAAGGUCCACAACAUCCUGGCUGAGAUGGUGAUGGGCGGCAUGGUCCUGGAGACCAACAUGAAUGAAAUCAUCACUCAAGUGGAUGCCCAGAACAAGAUGGAGAAGUCGGAGGCCGGUAUUGCAGGAGCGCCCGCUCGUGCUGUGUCGGCGGUAAAGAACAUGAACCUACCGGAAAUGCCCAGAAACAUCAACAUUGGUGACAUCAGCAUAAAAGUGCCAAACUUACCUUCCUUCAAAUAGUGGCAGCGAGAUCCUCGACCUGUAGAUGUCAGCCAAUGUUUACUGUGAUGCAAUCUGUGUACCAAAACCUCAGCUCACGGCGUUUCGUCAGAGGUGUACAUCUCAAAAGUACUGUGUGAUCAAAAACUCCUCAACCUGUGUGUCUUUGAUUGUUUUCUUAUUCGAAAGAAUGUUCUGCUCGUUUUGUUUGAUUCUGUCUGACAAGUAAAAAAAGAUGAAGUAUUUAUUUAUCAACGGUACAUUCCUUCUGCCUCGCUGGAGGUUCGUCUGUGGCGUUCAGCUGCUAUUGUUGAAGUCAUUUCACUUCCUCCGGUGGUUGGUUGCUGAACACAGUCCUGUGGUGAAGUUAGCCAGGAGUUCCUCAACCAACGUUUUUCUGACGGAGCUGAUUCACUGAAAUAAUUGAAGUCACUCAACAUCUUAUUUGUGAAACCAAAUAAAACAUUAAAGGUUAUUGUUAUAUCGCAGGAAUGUAUAUAUCUAUGAAGAUCUACUCUGCUUUACUUUUUUUUAAAGAUUGCAUCUGAAUCUUGAUUUGUGUUUUAUCAAUCAAUUUUGUUCAUGAGUUGAGCAUGAUUUUUUUUUCUUCCUCCUUUUACAACAUAAUAAACUGU